AUGGCUGCUGCGCAGAACGGUACCGUGUUGCACGGAGAUGCAAACAUGAAGCCCAAUAGCUCUGUGUCCGAAGACGAAACCCCCGACCAGAUCGGCUCAAACGGGUCCACUCCCACUGGAAUCGCUACCCCUCAGCCCGAUCCUGCAGACAAGCGUCUGCCCUCCAUCAUGCACAACUAUUUCCAGGUUGGUUCCUUCUCCGGUGACCGAUUGAGUCUACCGCGCCUAUGGCCUUGUUUGGCAAAACCCUCUGUGCACCCUGGCGCUUCUUCCGAGUCCUUUGUCGUGUUGGAUCGAGAGGAGGGGUCUGAUAAGAUCGAGGCAUCUCCGCCUACACCCCCUCACUCUCUAUUGCAGUCAGAUGAGAUGGAUCUCAGUUCGAGUCCAGACAUGACUGCGGGGUCGAUUUUUAAUACCCUCAAGAAAUAUCUCAUUCCACAUGAACAUGAAUCUCCUUCCCGCCGUCAAACUUCCCUGCCAGUUUCUAGCGUCUCUGAUGACCCCGUUCUUGCCACACACUUCUCCAACCCAUCCCUCCCUGCACAAGAGGCGUUUCCCCACACCGAAGCACCGUUACUCGACCACGAGAAACAGCAUGUCUCAGUAUCUUCCGAGAACCUUAGCAAGCUGACUGGAUCCGCACCCGAUGCGGUGCGUCUAAAGAAUACCCCACCGCUCACCCCCCGUACCAUGUCCAACGAGGACAAAAAGACCCCUACGACCUCGGCGCCUAGCAAACCGGACGAGACCGAGGAAACCAAGCGUGCCGCCCGAGAUACCUCGACCGAUGAAAUCACCAUGAAACUUGAUCAAGCUUUCCCCCGCCAACCAUCACCUCAGAAUGGUCCACCCGUCGGCCCGCUGAAGGGCAAACUGACCGUCAAAAUUUCCGAAGGCCGCGGUCUGCGCCCCAGUGUCGAUCCGUAUGUGGUGUGUGUGUUCGAAUGGAACGAGUACAUUUCCAAGGGUACCAAGGAUGGUGAGGAGGAAGAGGAGGAGAAGCGGCGUCAGAUCGAGUCCGAUACCGAGGCUGGCCGACCCAUGGCCAUUCCGAUGCGGAGCCGUCAAAGCAGUCACAACAGUUCGUUGGAAGGUGCUGAGAAGGGCAAGUCCCCUGUCACAGACCCCCACUGGGACCACGCAGCUGUCUUUGACGUUCUGGGUGAUCAAUCCGAAGUCGAUGUUACCGUGUACGAUCGCCACAACCAAGAAGCUUUCCUCGGCCAUGUGCGAAUUGGUAUCAACCUGAAGGAGGAUCAUAGUCGACUGGAGGGCUGGUUCCCCUUGAUGGCUCGUGGCGCCGGAGACAGCCUGGUGUCGGGUGAAAUCUAUCUUACCAUGACCUAUGAAAUGACCGAGCGGAAACAGGUCGGCCCGAGUGAUUUCGAGAUCUUGAAACUUAUCGGCAAGGGAACGUUUGGGCAGGUGUACCAAGCCAAGAAGAAGGAUACCGAGCGUGUUUACGCGAUGAAGGUUCUGUCAAAGAAGGUGAUCAUCCAGAAGAAAGAGGUGGUUCACACUCUAGGAGAGCGAAACAUCUUGGUGCGCACCGCGAUGGCAGCGUCCCCGUUUAUCGUGGGCCUCAAGUUUUCUUUCCAGACACCGUCCGACCUCUACUUGGUGACGGACUAUAUGUCCGGUGGUGAAUUGUUCUGGCAUCUCCAGCGCGAGGGCCGGUUCCAGGAGGCUCGGGCCAAGUUCUACAUUGCCGAACUAAUUCUGGCCCUGCAGCACCUUCACGAUUAUGAUAUUGUGUACCGCGACCUCAAGCCCGAGAACAUCCUAUUGGACGCCAAUGGACAUAUCGCCCUGUGUGACUUCGGUCUGUCUAAGGCUAACCUUACUCAAAAUGAUACCACUAAUACCUUCUGCGGCACCACUGAGUAUCUUGCUCCGGAGGUUUUGUUGGAUGAACAAGGAUACACAAAGAUGGUUGACUUCUGGUCGUUGGGUGUUUUGGUAUUUGAGAUGUGCUGUGGCUGGAGUCCGUUCUACGCCGAGGAUACCCAGCAGAUGUACAAGAACAUUGCUUUCGGCAAAGUGCGGUUCCCCAGAGACGCACUCAGCACCGAGGGUAGAAACUUUGUCAAGGGUCUGCUUAACCGGAAUCCCAAGCACCGUCUUGGAGCCAAUGGUGAUGCAGCGGAGCUCAAGGCGCACCCAUUUUUCCACGACGUUGACUGGGAAGCGCUUGGCAAGAAGCAGGUGAUCCCUCCUUUCAAGCCCAAGCUCAAGUCCGAUCUCGACACCUCCAACUUCGACCCAGAGUUCACAACUGCUUUGGAGAAUAAUAACUCAUUGAACGACCGCGCUGCAGCCCUAGCCAACGGGCUGAUGCCCGCUGGCACACCGCUUUCCCCCGGCAUGCAGGCCAACUUCAAGGGCUUUACAUUUGUGAACGAAAGCUCAAUCGAUCACCACGUGAAGGAUGUCCCAGAAGAUGACGACGAGGAGUAUAUGGUGGAUGAAGACAAACUCCUCGCCGAGUCAUGGCAGCGAUCCCACCGGCCGACCAACUCGUCGGAUCUACGGAUGAGUGGUGUCAAGACAUCUGAUGGCGCCGAUCCCGGGAUCUUUAACGUUGAUGAGAACUUUUGA